CGGGCGGAGGUGCCGGAUGGCGCCGGCCGGGCCCGGGCCGGUGUCACAGCGUGGGGACAUCGGGGACAUCAUCGGGGACAGCGGGGCCGGCCCGGUGUCACUGUGCGGGUCCAUCGGGGCCGGGCCCGGGCCGGUGUCGCAUCCCGGGGGCCAUCAGAGGCCAUCAGGGGCCAUCGGGGCCGGGCCCGCCCUGCCGGUUACAGUGGUUUCCAUUCACUCCUCGGUGUUUGCCCCACGAUCGGCAUCUUCCUCAGGCAAACAAGGCUUUAGGCCUGAAGGUGAAGCAGCCGCAACCUGGCCUCUUAUUUACGGUUGAAAAAGAUGGGGAAUGCUGAAAGCAAUGCCUAUCAGAAUCACCUUUCCAGAUUUCUUCCUGAGGAGCAGUCUGACAUUGAUGGACUGUUCGACACCUUAUCAGGAUCGAGUGGCUCAGCUGGAGCAAAAAAUGCCAAAGCUGCAAAGAAAACUGUGACUCUGGCAGCACUACAGGCACACACCCGGGAGCCCCUGCCAGAGCCAAUGUCUGCUCGCUUGUACAAUGGAAUGAAAAGCAUUGACCUGCCUGGCAAAUCAUCCGGGCCGAGUGAACAGAUUGCUAAGGAGCAGUUUGUAAUUUUUAUGUCAAACCUCUUAAAAGGGAAUGCAGAUGAGAAGAUUAGCAUAAUAAUGAGAAUGAUCGACAAGAAGGGAGGGCCUCUGAAAGGCAAACAAAUCCAAGAGUUCACAGAGGAUCUGAUCACAUCUGUAGUCCAUGUACUGAGCUACAGGAAAGAGCUGAAAGGUUGGAGUUUGGAGAACACGAGGGAUUCUUCAAGUGGAGUCAAAGCUUUGGCUUCUGAGCUGCUCUCAGAAUUGAAGCUUCCAGAUGGGACAAAGCCCGCGGGUUCUCAGCUGCUGGAGACGAGUUUUGAGCGCAGUGUCAUUGAGGACUGGGUGUACCGAGUUCCCCAGAUCUCAGUUUUCCUCAGUGUCAUCAUCAGGCAAGGCCUCCACGUCCUGCAUUCCCUCCCAGACCAAACCAACGACAUCCUCAACCUGGUCCCUCACUGCAAAGGCAUCAAAGGACGAGGAGUUGUCAGCCUGUUUGACAUCCCAGCCAUCAUCUACAUCAACUCCCACCUGCCUGCAGAGAUGCAGCACAAGUGGCAGCUUUUAUUUUCCUCCAGGCUCCACGGGGAAAGCUUCUCACAGUUGUGUGCCCAUGUAGUGAACAAAGGGCCUUGCAUAGUGAUCAUAAAGGACUUGGAUGGUUUCCUCUUUGGUGGCUUUGCAUCUCACUCCUGGGAGGUGAAACCACAGUUUCAAGGUGACAACAGAUGCUUUCUGUUUUCUGUUUUCCCCACUCUGGCUGUGUACACAUACACAGGCUACAAUGACCACUACAUGUAUUUAAACCAUGGCCAACAGACUAUGCCAAAUGGACUUGGUAUGGGUGGACAGCAUGGCUACUUCGGGCUCUGGAUAGACAGUGACUAUGGAAAGGGCCACAGCAAAGCCAAACCUCGGUGCACCACCUACAACAGCCCCCAGCUGUCAGCCAAAGAGGAUUUCACACUGGAUGCCAUGGAAGUGUGGGCAGUGGGAGACACCCCUGAGAGUGCAGGGAAGAAGGGUAAGAAGAGUAUCCUGGAUGUGGAUCCUCAGGCUCAGGCCCUGUUGGAAAUGGCUGGGAAGAGCCGUCAGAGCGAAGGGCUCAGGGAGCCCGUGGAGGAGGAUGAAGAUGAUGAUGAUGAGAACUAAAGGAGCCACAGCAACACAAAAACCCUUUACUUUUAUUUACUUCAAGUGGUGAUCGUGUCUCUUGGACAAGAUAUUUUUUUCCUCUUUUUUCCCCCCUUGAAUGUACCUGAUUGUCUGGGACAAAGCUUAAGCCUUGUACUUGUGUAACAUUUAGGUCUAAAGCACUGUGCUGCCUGAAGGGUUUUGUCUGGGGAGGACAGAAGAAUUAAUGGGGACAUAAUCAUUGGGCAUGGCUGAGCUGGAGCUGAAUAUGAAUCUGCUUUCAUUCCCCAUAGAUCACAUCUGCACACUGAAUUAAAAGCAGCAGAAGUUAUUGACAGUGUGGAGAAUUGAUAUGUACAUAGUUCUAUAUUUAUAAAGCCUGUUCAAGGCACUGAGUAAAGCUCUUAUACCUCAACUGCAGUAUUUAUUUGCAUGCAAUGAAAUCAGUCAGCAAAGCUUACAAACUGUGAUGAUGUCUUACACUGGUGAACAUAGAAUAGUCCAUGUGAUGCCAUAAGAAGGAUGCUGUUCAUUUGCAUGGCUUCAGUUAAAGCAUUGAAUUUCAAGCUUUCUAAGAUCAGAUUUUCAGCAGGUGAUUCCAUGUGAGCUGUAGGAUGUCCAGAAUAGUUUUAUAGCACUGUCCCUAGUGCAUCUCACUUGAUCUUUUCUGCAGAAACUUGUCUGUUGCUUUUUAAACUUAGAGCAGAAUCACUGAAGCCAUAUUUACCCUAAAAUGGGCCAUACCUCCAGCAGCAUUCUCUAGAGAAGGUACAUUCUUUAGUAGCCUCAUGAGACUGCAGUAAAAGAUCAGGCUGUAAAAAAGGCUCAGAAAGAAGCAGCCACAUUUAAUUGGGAAUAGGAUCUGUAGAUACCUUGUGAAAGAAAUAAAAAUCAGGGUUAUGUCUGUAAAAUGUUUAAAGAAGAUUGCUGUACACUUUAUUUCCAUUUAUUUCAUUACUCUGUUAUGGAAAAGAAUCCCCACAGUGUGAAAUGCAGUUGUUGGGAUUUGUGCUCUGUUUUGUGACUGUUCACCAGUCAGCACCACUUUGGUCAGGUCUCUUAUACUCAGGACUUUUCUACUUGAAUUAGUUCCCUUCUCUCAGAAAUUAUUGGUUUGACCUUGCUAAUUCUAUGUGUAAUUAACUUGUCAAAAAUAACCCUGAUUUCUACCAGGGACAGUAAUGUCUAACUCAACAACAAGUGUUUGGUUAUCAGUGUCUUUGAUUGUCAGUCUUUCUCCUCCUGGGGAAAAGAAUGUGUCCAAUCCCCUUUGUCCUGCCAUGAGUUUGUCUUCUUUGCAUCUUGGAGAAAAACAAUAGAAUUCUAUAAAUUCUGCUCAUGUGGCCUUCCUUAAAAUUCUUUCCCUUGGUGUUUUCCUGUAUGAGAUUUUUCCCCCAGCUGUUGUUUUUCAUAGAUUUAAAUAUUCUGAACAAUCUGCACUUGUGCCUUAAUAAUGUAGAUCUCAUUUUUAAAAAUUACAUUAAACAACAUGAAUUUAGCCUUGAAAGGAGAGCAUGAGGAGAUCACUCCAGCCAGGCAUCCUAGGACUUAACUGUGUGUUUUGUAGAGUACCUGAACUAAUGCUUGGGGCAUUUAUGUGCUCUUUGUUCCACUACAGAGAGUGCUGUUAGAGGCCUGGGAGAAUGGCCUUUUAUGCUGUAUUUGCUUAGAGAAACCAGAUAAUCUCCCAAGUUUGUAACACACAGCAAAAAACAAGCAUCAGAACAAUUGCACUGAUACUUUUGUACAGUUUUGUUCUCUCUCUAUAUUAAUAACAUUAAACUUUACAAUGUAAGGAGUAGCAAUGAUGCUGUCUGUAAGUGUGGUGAGAGCAGCUUUUGUUUGAACAUUCUCAAACUCCCACCAUGAGUCCCAGAGGUCUCUCACUUAGCAGUGACUAAGCCUAUUAAACACUCCCAUGUGGAUGAGACAGUUGGAUUUCAGCAGUUAAACAUAAAAUAAAUAGCUAGACUUUAUUUUCCUUCCA